CACAUAUCCAGCGCUGAGCAUGCGCAUUUCGCAACGGUUGUAGCGAGUGUUUGCUAGCGAAGAGUGGACUCGGGACCGGUUGCAUUUUCCUUUGGCCUCAGGUGGAUUACGAUGGCCGGCACCGCGCUGAAGAGGCUUAUGGCUGAGUAUAAACAGCUGACGCUGAACCCACCUGAAGGAAUCGUUGCAGGUCCAGCUAAUGAGGAGAACUUCUUUGAGUGGGAGGCUCUGAUCAUGGGUCCUCAGGACACUUGUUUUGAAGGUGGAGUGUUUCCGGCCGUGCUCAGUUUUCCAUCUGAUUAUCCUCUCAGCCCUCCUAAGAUGAGGUUCACCUGUGAAAUGUUUCACCCCAACAUUUAUCCUGACGGGCGGGUCUGUAUCUCCAUUCUCCACGCGCCUGGUGAUGAUCCAAUGGGAUAUGAGAGCAGUGCGGAGCGAUGGAGUCCAGUCCAGAGUGUGGAGAAGAUCCUGCUGUCAGUGGUCAGCAUGUUGGCAGAACCUAACGAUGAAAGUGGAGCGAACGUCGAUGCCUCUAAAAUGUGGAGGGAGGACCGGGAGCAGUUCUACAAACAUGCCCAGAAGAUUGUACGCAUGUCUCUGGGUCUUUAGAGAUUAUGUCACCACCACGUGUCAUUGAUGUCGUGGCGUCAGGCAGAAACACUCCUGCUUUUCUUUGGAUAACAAACUCUACAACCCCAGUGGGUUGAAAGUACUUGUACUCUGCUUCCUCUCCGUCAUGCUGCCGGGACUGAUGGGUGAUGGGUGGGGAACCAGCAGGCCCCACAUGUCUCAUAGCCUCACACAGAUUUCACAAUACACAUGAGCGGAACCAGCCUGUGGAGUUUUUUGAGUGUCUUUUAAAUAUCACCUGGUUCUACAGUCAUGCUUAAACCCGGAUAAUUCAUCUGCUAAAUCUGAUAAACAGCUUCUCCCUCGAUGAGCCUGUAGAAGAAUGAGGAGUUUCAUCAUGCUUGUUUUAAAUCGUCAUUUUUGAUGGGAGACCGCGACAGAAAUACUUUGAAUUGCAGGCUAGCAAACCAAGAGAAGCUAAAAGCCUUAGACUUAAUUCAUUUGAACAGUCUGAUUAAUCAUGGUUCUGGUGUUUUCCUGAGUUUGUUUAAAUGAGACUCAUCUUCCAGUUGGACUUUUAUGCACAUUCUUUUCCUGAAAGACGACAAAGUCUGAGGAGAUUUUAUGCCUGGAGCCUGGCUGCUUUUUAGCUUAUUUUUGAGCAGUUAUGGAUUAGUAAAAGACCAAUUGAGUUAAAUGUUGAACUGUGCAGCGCUAACUGGGUCAUGUGUUCUGCUAAAAGGAAAGCCAAAUUAAAACCAAAUUCAGCCUCUGCAAUAUAAACCAUUAAAAUGACAUUUCUGUAAAUACUGA